AUGAAAUACGUCGCGGCACUCGAUGUGGGUACCACUACGGUGCGAUUUCACGUUCUGGACGAGAAGGCAGUCACCGUGGCGUCGUCUGUGGAGAAGGUAGAACUAAUCUAUCCACAGCCUGGUUUUGUAGAAAUAGACCCAGAUCAUUUAUGGCAGAUCAUAGUAAAUGUGAUAAAAAAUACGUUGGACGGUAGCGGGAUUGAUCCGAAGUCUAUCGUUUGCUUUGGGAUUUCGACGCAACGUGCUACCUUUAUUACAUGGAACUUGAAGACCGGGGAGCCUUAUCACAAAUUUAUAACAUGGAAGGAUCAACGAGCGGCCAACCUGGUCGAGGAGUGGAACCGAUCGAUGAUGAUGAAAGGACUGCGGAUGGGUUCAUACUUCUUGUAUACCUUCACAAGGAACAAACGAUUUUUGGCCGGCAGUGUGAUGAAGUUCAUGAAUAUGCAGGUAAAUUUAAAAUUAGCGUGGGCCUUUGAAAAUAUACUAGGUCUCCGAGAAGCGGCGUCUAAAGGAGAGGUGGCGUUUGGAGGUGUGGAUUCUUGGCUUUUAUAUAAAUUAACAGGGAAACAUGUAAUGGAUCCUUCAUGUGCCUCAGCCACUGGUAUGUACGAUCCAUUUACGAUGCAAUGGGUCGACUGGUUCUUAAAAAUGCUGAACCUACCACGCAAUAUUUUCCCAGAAAUAGUAGAUACAGCGGGCAACUUCGGAGUCACGCCUAAAGACAUGUUCGGAACUGAAAUUCCCAUUUGUUGCUCAAUGGCUGACCAAGCAGCAUCUUUAUUUGGUUCAGGAUGCUUCAAACCCGGCGAUCUCAAAAUUACCAUGGGUACAGGCACUUUCAUGAACGUUAAUACAGGGCGGGAACCACACGCAUCUGUUACUGGAUUGUAUCCAGUUGUCGGAUGGCGAAUCGGGAAAGAACUAACAUACGUUGUAGAAGGAUCUUCAAGCGAUACCGGUAUACUAAUUGAAUGGGCUAAGUCGAUAGGAAUUGUAAACAAUCCAUCAGAAACAGCUAAUAUGGCAAACUCGGUUAAUGACACCGAUGGAGUGUACUUCGUUCCGGCAUUCAGUGGACUGCAGGCGCCCAUUAACGAUUACACUGCUGCAACUGGUUUCUUAGGAAUAAAACCUACUACACGGAAGGAGCAUGUAGUUCGAGCUUUACUGGAAAGUCUCGUCUUUAGAGUACACUUGCUUUACGAGUGCUUAUGCAAAGAGACUUCCUUUACGUAUCGAAAAAUAAGAGUCGACGGUGGAGUUUCCAAUAACGAUUUCAUCAUGCAAUCGUUAGCUGACUUAACAGGGCUGGAGAUAGAACGUCCAGUAUCCGUCGAGAUGUCCAUUUGGGGAGUAGCUUUCCUGGCUGGCUUGCAAUACGGUUUGUGGAAAAGCAGAGAAGAAGUGUUGGAACUUCGUCGAGUGGACAAAAUAUAUACGCCGAAGGAACGAUCACGAUUAUCUCGUUCACACUCAUCACACGUGUUCAACCAAUGGAGACGUGCGGUAGAACGGUUUACGAAUUGGUACUGACCAUAGUUUUUACACGAACAAGACGUUUUUGGUGAUGUAUGUAUGUGUAAUCAUGAAAGAAAUUCGCGAUCUUGCGAGCAUAUAUUUACCGUGAAGUUUUUACUCGAUAUAGCAGUUUUAUAAUCAUCGAAUUAUUAAAAGCUGCGUAUUAUAAUAAAAAAAAACUUAAUUUUUUAAAUUGUAACGUAAAACUUCCGUUGAUGAUCCCACUUGCGUCGCAUCAUGUGAUCGUACAAAGAUAUGACGCGACCUCGAAGUAACCAUCAAUUAAAAUGGAAGCCUUAACGAUGUGUCAGGUGAUAUCACGAUAUCUGCUGAUAAAAGGCAAACUCACCGUGUUUAUCCGCGUAAUGUAAGUCCAUUAAGAACUCUCAUGAUAUUUGAGAGGUCUAAAAUUACAUUCUCGAACAAUUUUUCUAGGUUUAUGGUACUCAAUUGUGAUAUUUAAUUGGCCAAAAAUAUAUAUACAUUUAUACAUAUGUACAAUAUUUUUGUAUAAUGCGGUCUUUUGUCGGGAAGUAAAAUUAGUGUUUAACAAUUCGCCGAUGACAAUCAAUUGUAUUAUCACAUUAUGUCCAUGUAUCGCACGUUAUGCACGUGCAAUCGAUAGUAAUUCCAUAAAUACAAUUGAAAAAAAUUGACAUUG